AUGACCGCGAUUUAUAUCAUCUCUGAUCAUAAUGACGCAAGUUACGCGUGGAGAGACCUUCUUGCCCUCUUGACCUUGUCGGCGGUGAUUCCGUUCCAUCUGGACGAAGUCUGGCACUUGAUCAAGCUCAAGUCGAUCCCCCAGUUCUGGAGCAUCAUCGAUUCCGCCGAGGACGUUAAAGUCCAAGACGAGGUCGAUGCUGCCAAGUGGAAGUUUAAAGACGGUACGGUCGAGACUAUCAAGCUCGAGGAACAUUCUUCGAUUGAUCAUUUUAUCACGUACUCUGUGAUCGAGACGGAACCCCCGCGGGGGUAUUCGUCUGUGUUGAGUCAGAUUCGGUUGUUCCCGAUUACUUCGGGUGAACAUCGCGGGAGCACGUUUGUUCAGUGGAGUGCACAGUUUAGCGGAGAUGCGGGCGUAGAUGUUAUCGAGGACGCACGCUACAAGCGCAGAGAUGCACUUGCCGACUUGAGCAAGGCGCUCGCUGCCGGAAAGGGCAAGGCCCGCGCAUGA